AUGGCAUUUAGUAAGCGACGCAAAAGAAGUGGUGCACAGAAGAAGCCCUUCUCGACCUUGUCAGCAUCUCGCCCGCGUGCUGAAUUUCGCCAAAUCGAGCUAAAAAACGACCGUUUCGAGUCUUAUUACAGGGGAUCUGUUAUUCCAGAGCAGGAGUGGGAAGAUUUUAUUGGGCGGAUGCGAGAGCCACUUCCUGUUACUUUCCGCCUGCCGUUUUCCUCGAUGUCUGGGCUUUUGGAAAAAUACCUUUCCAAGGAGUUUUCUUUUCUGGAGCGCAUCGAAUGGUAUCCUGCGCCAGGCUCAGCCUGGAAAGUAGCUGCGGGACGCACUCAGGUGCGGCGAGAAACGCACUAUGCCAAGCUACACAGUCUUUUGGUGCGUGAAACAGAAGUUGGUAACAUCUGCCGCCAAGAAGCUGUCUCUAUGAUCCCACCGCUCUUUCUCAAAACUCUACCCAGCGAUUCUGUGCUGGAUAUGUGCGCCGCCCCAGGCUCAAAGACAUGCCAGCUGGUAGAGAUGAUGCGAUGUGGCCCGGAUACUGGAUCUUUUGAAACCCCUGCAACUUGUAGCGAGCAACUGCCUCUGCCUACAGGUGUCGUUGUGGCAAAUGAUGUGGAUGUUGAUCGUGCUUCAAUGAUGGUACACCAAGUAAAGCGUAUGAACUCACCAUCGCUUGUGGUGACCACAGUGGAUGCCUCGCAAUUCCCGACGUCUCAAAAGUUUGACAAGAUCCUCUGUGAUGUUCCUUGUUCAGGCGAUGGUACCCUUCGCAAGAAUAAGUUGAUCUGGCGCACAUGGAGCGAACGAGACGCUCAGGCUCUGCAGCCGCUGCAAAUUGCCAUCCUCAACAGGGGGCUCUCGCUAUUGCGUCCAGGAGGCAAGCUAGUAUAUUCUACAUGCUCCAUGAAUCCAAUUGAGAAUGAGGAUGUUAUCGCAGCGGUCCUUGAAAAACGCCAUGCGGAGUUUUCACUUGUUGAUUGCACCCAACAGCUUGUUGAUCUUAAACGGCGACCGGGUCUGUCUAGGGGUUCCCCAGAUCUCGCUACAGAGCGAUGCAUGCGCUUUUAUCCUCACCUUCAGGACACUGGUGGCUUUUUCGUUGCAGUGAUUGAAAGCAAACAUUGUGAUCGGGCGGACCUAGUGCCUCAAUCUAAGGAUGGAGUUGUGGAAUCAAAAUCUAAAGUGGAGGCGGUAUCUGCUCAAAAAGCGGAUCCUAUGCCUGCUUAUUUUGCUGAGGCGAUUGAUGUAGCACUGGACCAGUGGGGGCUUAGAGGUGUCUCUAAAACACCACUCACCGAUCUCAUCAUUGCCAGGAAGACGCCCGAUGGUGACUCUGAAGAUGGUCAAAGCCAGAAACUUUUACCUCAUCUUUCACUGAUUUCUGCAAAAGCUCGAAGUUUUUCAGAAGCAUGGUCCGCUAGAGGUGCAGCUCACCUCGUGCUAUAUACGGGUCUUGCUGCAUUUGCGCGCCAAGAUGGCAACGACUCGUAUCGAAUCAAAUACUCGGCAUUGCCUUAUUUGAUACCAUUUAUGGACACUUCACGAAUUAUUUCUAUCAGUGAUCCUUCGGAUAUCCUUUCUCUGUUGACGGAUAAUGCCUCUGCAAAUAAGAAUAGUGCAGCGCCUGUCCAAGUUGAUGGUGCCCCGCAGGAUGCUUCAGACCAAGUUGAUGGUGCCCCGCAGGAUGCUUCAGAUCAACUUAAUUCUACCGACACAAACUUGUCAAUUGAAUUUGAACAAGAUAAGCUGCCUGUACAAGACACACCACUUGUACCCACCAAGGAAAAGGCCAAGAGUCAACUCGUGCGUAUAGAAGAACUUUCCCCCUCCUUAAGGGAGGCUUUGGAACCACUCCCUAUCGGAUGCCAUAUUGCCCAGAUCGCGAAUAGAUCGAGUUUUAUCGUGGUCCCCUUAUGGCGGGGCCGCUUUUCAGCCCAUCUGCUCGUUAGCAAGCUCGAUAAAGCGUCUCUUAAUUUCCUCUGCUCCAUUCCGGCAGACGUUUGA